AUGUCCACUGAAAACACAGAAGCAGGCGAGGGUGAGCUGCAGGAAUUGGCACUGCUCAUGGAAAACCGGACGUUCGUCGACUACUUCAACACAUUUCUCUGCCUUCCGGUAUUCGGACAGCAUGUUUUCUACAACUUUUUGGAAGCAGAAUUCGACUUUGAACCACCGAUCAGAAACAGACGACAUCUGUACCUCGACCGACGUGAGAUCCUCCGGUGGCUGUGGUCGGACCGCUACAUCCCCUUCCGGCGAUCCACUUUAUACGUCGAGUACCAACUAUGUUUGCAGCUGCGCGCAACCAGGGUUACACUACCUGGAAUCAAACCCACAGAAGACGAUGGCGAGGACUGUCGGACGCUUGUAUGGAAUGUUAUGGGGACGGUGACUGGGAUGUUGCACUUCCGGGAGUCGCUGCGGAACACGUGCGGGGAGGCCGUCUACCGGUGCUGGCGUGACAUAGAGACUUGGAAGCGACUGGAGGAUCCCGUGAAGCGGAUGUACUUGAAGCAUACGAUAAAAACAAAGUACAUCUCACAAGGCAGAGGUGACGAAGUGAAGAAUGCCAUUAUGGUUUUGGUUUUCAGAGGUGUUUUGAACUUUGGGCUCGUCCCUGGUGACAUCGCCGGAAGUGACAAUGUCCAUGAAGAACUGGGUCCGCGCGUGGUAGAGGCGUCGGAGACUGAUGCCGCGCUGCUGGAGCUACAGGGGCUGCUCAUUGCCGCCCUAAAGAAGUACUGGCUGCCCAGACACCUAGUUCGUGUCGUCCAUACGUCCACCAAGGAGACACUAGACCUUUUAAAGCGAACAGCGCCUGGUGACACUGAUACUCUGAGUAACGAGAGACGCUUGCGGUGCCGCUUCAUGUUCCCGACGAUAUAUCAGGCGUCCGGUAUUAGCUCGCCGGCAACGGAGGUCUACGAGUCAAUGUCGGCGACCGACCUGCCCGGACAGACGCCGACGGACGUGUCGGAGAGUUCCGAGGAGCUGGACGAAGUGAAAGUGGAACAUAUUGAUCUGUUGUCGUUGUGGGGAGGUCCGGCCAGAGACAUUUUCACUCGAAAAAGCCUGUCGUCGUGCUCACUUCCGGGGAACGACAGUCCAGACGAGCUCAGUCGACGCAGCAUCCAGUCAAAAUACUUAAGCGCCGCGCGUCAUAUCCGGAGUCCUAUCCCGAUAGAGCUGACGUCAUUCCUGUGCGGAAAGAAACGAACACAGCUCGGAAACUUUCCGAACAUUUCCAACCGCGUUUUAUGGUCGCUUGCGUCAGACAUGUUGGCCUGCUGUCCCUUCCGGUCAUUCUUGGAGAAAAACGAUCAUCUGUUUGACCUUCGGUAUUUGAACUUCUGGACGGAUGUGCGCAUCUACAUGGACACCGACGACAACGCCGUGGACGACAUUGGGCGACCCCUCAGGCGGGCAUUGGCUCAUAGAAUCGUGUCUCGCUACCUGUACCGGAACCAGGGCGUGCGCGACCUUUUCCCCGAAGCACUCAAGAAGUCGAUCUUCUACGCGCUAAACGAACAUCGCGGCGACAAUGUCCUCUGUAUGGCACAAGACAUUGCACAAGAGAGUAUGUGGGAACCAUUGAGGCACUACAUGCAAGAUGAGCGGCGCAGAUUCUUGAAUCAAGUGCGAGGAAAACGGUACCAGCUGUCCGUCCGGAAACUACGACAUAUGGACAAAGUGGUGAAGAAAACCCACGGAAGCUAUGAGGCAGACGACGCCGACCCGCUGUUCUUCUUUCAAUGCAACACUGUGGACACCGCGUCCGCCGCGUCCGCAAAUUCCCCAACUCCAUCCACCACGCCGCUAUCGCGCCCCGGAACCUCGUACAACAUGUCCAUCUCGCAGGAGCAGAUGUGGAAAGCCAUGGAGCUGACUGUGCUCUGCUCGGAGUAUGGCGUAUCCAUGAUGGUCCCGCAGAAGGUUCUGGGGGUGGAGCAGUUACCGGAUGUCCUGUAUAGCGACUAUGGCAGUCUUCACAUUAGCCGCGUAGCCACGGUCAGGAAUGACAAACUCCGCAAGCUUACGGAAAAACCCAAGAUUGACAUCGAAACGAUCAAGGUGUCCCGGCGGGUACUGUGUAUCGAGGAAGUGGACUACUCGUCAUUCAAGCGGAAGAACACCACAGACAAACCGGAGGUGGAGGUCAAGCCCCGCGGCCGUAUUGUCAGCAGGCGUAUCGGUGCCGCCGCGGAACGUCCCCCUAAACCUAAAUCGUUCAUCGAGAUUUUGACGACUACUGUCCACUAUGAUUUCUUCAAGCGGUUCAUGGCAAUCCACAAAAUGUCCACACCGCUCAUGUUCUGGCGUGCCGUCGAGGACCUGAAGGACCUCAGCAACAGCAGCACUCGCCAGAUCAGGGUUUCACAGAUCAUCCGCAAGUUUUUCGGGAAAUACUCCAAAUACGGUACAACACUAGACUGCGACGAAGAGAUAAUCGAACAGAUACCCAACAUGGAUAAAGUGACACCCGGCAUCCUCAUUUGCGCACAGGCCGCAGUAUUCAGAUCCAUGGAGCGAAAAUGGUACCCGAUGUACAUGGAGACUUACCCAGCGGAGUCCGGCAACAGCUCACCAGAUCGGAUAAGGCUCAGUCCCUUACGACCAACAGCGAACAACGUUACCCCGGACUUCGCAAACCUCGUAAAGGAAACCGCCACUCGUCAGAAAAGGAAGAGGGGAAUAUUUAAGACCAGGAAAACGCUCGCAACGUGGCGGAGCCUGACUAGCUCGUUGGUGGAUUUUAACCGCGGCGUGAGCAGCAAGCAAAUGUCCCAGCUGUUUGAAAUCUUCCUAAAGUGUGAGGUGGAGCGAGAACAGACCAACAUCAACCCUGACCAACACCUUCUAAACAGUCAGUUACAGAAUAUCGAGAAGAACGCCAUGCCGUCCGGCUAUGUUACAAACGUUCAGACACGAGUGGUCAUCCGCCACCGGCUGGUCAUCCUCAAUAGACUCCCGUCCGACCUUCGUUUCUGGACUGAAGUGAAAAAGUUCCAAGACCUUACUGAUACGAUGAUGUCCAGGGGGAGCGUCUCAGCCCAGGACACGGAGUUCUUGUGUGACAAGAUUCGUUCGAUCAUCUCAUGCUACCUCGCAUCCGAAGUCUCUCCAAGAGUUCAGAUCAACGUGCCUAGCGACCUUGCAUUGAAUAUCAUCAACAGCCUCGCGAGUUCUGGGCCGACCAGAGGCAUCUUCCACGACGCUAUUAUCCUCCUCUUCCCUGUUCUCUACCAUUACUAUGGCAGGUUUACGGAGGAGUGGAUGAAAGGGGAGAUACCUGAAGAGUACAUGGACAUCAUCGAGCAGGCGUUACGAGGCAGAGUCACCGACGACCCACACGCCAACGAGAAAAUCCCGGACUACACCGAUGUCAAAGCCGACAGCAUCAAGGUUACCACGCAGCUUUUCCUAGACGAAGGCUCAACGAAGAUACAGUUUUCGCUUGCAAACGGAAUCACCCUCGUCUACCCAAUGACCCGCAUCCCACGGACCCCGCCUAAUGUCGGACGGCGGAUGACGCGCCACUCUAUCCUAACGCUGAACGAGGUAGACUCGCCCAAGAAGGACAGCAAGCAACGCAUAGACAAGAGGGGCGGUGAUGAGAAGAAGAGGUCGGAAAAGAUUAUAGUUAAAGAGGGAAGAAACAUUACACCGGCCACCAAAAAGACGCCGGCGUCCGUGGACCACAUGCGGCGCCUGAACCUCUUGUUGGAGUCACUCAACCGUGAACGCGAAGAGAAGAUGAAGGAACAGAAUCGCCGCUUCAGCAAGAUGAUAAAUUUCGAGAGUAUAGUGGCCGCCGCCAUGGCUGAGCGAUCGGAAACAAACUCCAUGCAGUCGUAG